ACUGUGUGGGGAAUAACGACAUCUUUUCCAGGGACCGUGGGGACCGUUAAACAUGUGGAAAGCACUUAGCACAGUGCUUCACACUAAAUAAACGUAAUAGCCAACAUGGUGGGGGUGUUAAUGUUAUUACUGUUGUUGUUAGAGAGGCCAUAUGGUACAGUGAUUAAGAACGUGGAGGGGGUACUGGGGCUGGGGCUUUGAGGGAUGAGUAGGAGUUCACCUAUCUGUGUUCGAACCCCAGCUUGGCCACUUACACUCUGUUUGAUCUUGAGCAAAUAACUUCACCUCUUUGGACCUCAGUUUUUCCACCCACAAAAUGGAGAUAAAAUAGGCCAUACCUUGCUAUGAGUUACUAUGUGUAAAGUGCUUAGAACAGCACUAGUACAGUUGUGCAUCAGUGCUAGUGUUAGCUAUUAUUAUUAUUUUUGCUACUGUUAUUAUCACGGGGCAGCCAGCACAGUCCUCCCCAAGAGCCACUCUGUCUAUACACCCCUCGGCUUCACUCUGGCGAAGACAGACACAGAGCCCCUUCAGACAAGCUCAGAAGCUCAGACUUGAUCCUCAGAGUAGCAGGGAGCAGGCGAUGGUUCUAGCAACUGGGCAACAGAGAGCUUCUGCGUGGGGAGAAGAAGAGGAAAGGCUGGGCCCCCACCUCUGGCUAGGCCUGGAAGGUUGGCUGGGGGGUGUUUGUGACUGCAGCCCCCUCCCCAUGAGGCCCCUGCAGACGCGGCAUCAGAACCGGCUGCGCUAGCCAGAUGUUCCUGGUUUACCCCCAGAUGUGUGUCGCCGGCUCACGGCUGCCCUGGACUCCCCAUCUCCACCAUGGGGCGGGGCUGGGCCCUGGGGCCUCCCAGGGAGGGGGCACAUUUUUGUGGGCUGUGGAAUUUGUUUCUUGUUUUGCAGGACCAUUGAGUCUUGCCUCGAUGGAGGCCAAGUCCUGCCCCUCCUGCGACCUCAGUUUCCCCAUCACUGGGACUUCCAGGGGCCAUCUAGGGGGAAGGAGAGGAGCAGGGAGCCCCGCGGCUGUCAGCAUGGAUGGCGGAGGUGUUUCCAACAUGUGUGAAAAUGCCCACGGGCGUGGGAAAACCCCUGAGUGUGCGAGCCCCGUCGAGCUGAAGUUGGUGAGUAUGAAAACAGGGAGUGUAAGUGGGACAGUGUUAGAGUGUGCAAGCGACAGCGUGUCCCAGGGUGUGGGUCAGGACUGUCUGGGUGUGCAGGGGAGUGAGAGCACCCAAGUGUGUGACCGAAGACAAGAACGCCGAGUGCGAGUGACUAUGCGCCCCCACGUGUGCUGUGCGUCCGCCUCCCCAGGACCGGGGGCCUCCGGGACCCAGAGACGCUCAUGGUGCACCCCGGGCCCCCUCCCCGCGCCAUGCGCCACACCCGCAGCACCCCUCUGGGUCAGGUCCUUGCCACAGACAAACCAGUUGGGUGACCCCCUUACUGAAAGGCCCAUUGUUAACAGACGCUUAUCAGCCGCACCUACUGGGCCCCCUCCACCCUUGGCCCUCUGCUUUCCUGCCCCCCAUCAGAGCUCCGGGGGGUCUGCGGCUCCAAGGACACCAGGGGCUCCCGUGGCCAAGCCGUCUCCGGGCCCAUCCAGCCUCUCAGCCCCCCGCCCCCAUGCGAAGCCCUCAGCAGAAACCCAGGACCAGAGCCUGGCGCGGCGCAGGGGCCUGGUUCCAGCCUAACAGGGAAACCGAGGCACACCCGGGCAGGACGUGUGCAGGGAGGGCUCUGUGCCCCCAAAGCAUAAAGUAGGUGCUCCUUUAGAGCCAAGGGGCGAAGACAACUUCGGGGGCUGUUCUCCCCUUGCUGCACAAGCUUGACAAUGAGAUGUUCUCCCCACGGCCCCCAAGGCCCUGCGUGACCUGCCCCGGGCCCCUCCCCGACCUCCCCUCCCCUCCCUCCGCCUCGCUCACUCUGUUCCAGCCUCAUGGGCCACCAGUGUUCCUGCAGCACGCCAGGCGCGGUCAAGUGCCCUCCGAUCUGCAGGCUGGCCCGGCUUUCUCUCACGCCCCCGUGUGGGGGAGCUCAUUCUCUGCCAGCGCCACCAGCAGUCCCCAAAACGACCCUAUCCAAACACCCCCAAGCGGGGCAAGUCCUCAGGGGGACUCCAAGGCUGCCAAGCACAGCGCAGCGCCUGCAGCCGGGUUCGAAUCCCAGAUGCUUGUCCAGCUGUGACCUUGGAUAAGCCCCUACCUGCUUUGUGCCUCAUUUUCCCCAGCUGUAAAAUGGAGAUCAUGCUGCCUUCUUCGUGGGUUCCGCACCCGGUCUGGUACACAGCAGGCGCUUAAUAAAUGUCCCCGGCUACUGUCUGGAGGCUGUAGGUUCUGCGCCAGCGCUCCCAUGGGAGGGGGUGGGGUGGGGGGAG